AUGCUACCAAGGAUCGGUAUACGGAACUUCUCAACGUUUAGGCCACUCAGAGCCGUCCAUUUUGAUACCAGAAAGUUUGUGCUACAACUCCAAGAUGAAGGCUUUACACCCGAACAAAGUGAAGGAGUUGUACGUAUAGUGUCAUCAGCAUUAGCAGAUGGCGUUAAUUCAAUUGGAUCCACAUUAGUCACUAAAGAGAUAUUGUCCAAGAUGACAUAUCAACAAAAAGUUGAUUUUGCGAAACUACGUGGUGAAUUACAAACUAUUGAUCGUUCUGAAUUCACAGCAAUUCAAAGUGAAAAUGAGAGGCUACGUAAUGAUUUAGAGAAAUUGAGAACUAGAAUAAGGGAAGAGAUUACUAAGAGUAAUGCUGGUGUUAGAUUGGAUUUGAAUUUGGAGAAGGGUAGAAUAAGAGAGGAAGGGUCUCAACAUGAAUCUCAUAUAAGUGAAAUCAAUACCCGUAUUGAUCAAGAAGUUGCCAAUAUGAAGAUGCAAAUUGAUGGUGUCAAGACUCAAGUUAUGCAAUGGUUGAUUGGUGUUUGUACUGGUACAUUCGCUUUAGUUUUAGCUUACGUUAGAUUAUUAACCUGA